AUGGCUUCACAAGUUUCCAACACAGAGUCGAGUCACAGAUGUUCUCUGACAGAGCUUUCCAAGUCAAAUGUAUUUACAUCCAAACUUCCUCCAGAUCCAGGCUUUGAGACGCCUCAGGCGUCUCACAAGGCUCGGAGAGAGAGACUCUACCCGCGCACCGUGAAGGGUGCGGCGUUCACCUUUGUCCGCCCCGAAACAACCGAGGAUCCAGAGCUCUUGGGAGUCAGCCCCAGGGCGUUGAAAGACCUUGGGCUGAAGGCUGGCGAGGAAAACACGGCGCUAUUCAAGGCAGUUGUUGCGGGGAAUGAGUUCUUCUGGGAUGAGGAGAACGGAGGGGUAUACCCAUGGGCGCAAUGCUACGGAGGUUGGCAAUUUGGUUCAUGGGCUGGCCAGCUCGGAGACGGUCGCGCCAUCAGCCUCUUUGAGAGCACAAAUCCAAGCACAAACAUCCGCUACGAAGUUCAGCUCAAGGGAGCUGGAAGGACGCCCUACUCCCGCUUCGCAGACGGUAAGGCUGUGUUGCGAUCCAGUAUUCGUGAAUAUAUUGUGUCAGAAGCUCUCAAUGCGCUUGGCAUCCCUACCACGCGAGCGUUGUCGCUCUCUCUCUUACCAAGGGCAAGAGUCUUACGCGAACGCAUUGAGCCCGGCGCUAUAGUUUGUAGGUUUGCUGAAUCCUGGCUUCGAUUCGGCACCUUCGACCUUCCGCAUUCGCGUGGUGACCGAGAUAUGAUCAGGAAGCUUGCAACUUACGUUGCCGAAGAUGCAUUUAAAGGAUGGGAAUUCUUACCCGGUGCUGUAUCUCUAGGUCAAGAUCAACUGGAUGAUUCCGUGGAGGAGCCUCCCCGAGGCCUUCCACGGGAUCUAACACAGGAGCACCAAGGUGUGGAGGAAAAUCGAUUUGCAAGGCUUUACCGGGAGAUUGCCCGACGCAAUGCAAGGACUGUAGCCGCAUGGCAGGCAUACGGCUUCAUGAAUGGGGUCCUGAAUACGGACAACACAUCCAUUUACGGGCUAUCGCUCGAUUACGGUCCCUUCGCUUUUAUGGAUAACUUCGAUCCACAGUAUACCCCAAAUCAUGACGAUCACAUGUUGAGAUACUCCUACAAGAACCAGCCAUCGGUAAUCUGGUGGAACCUGGUCCGGCUAGGAGAAUGUCUCGGAGAACUUAUCGGUGCCGGGCCCCAGGUCGACGACGAAACCUUCGUGAAGCAGGGAGUUACAGAGGAUGCCGCACCGGCUCUCAUCAAGCGAGCAGAAACCAUCAUCGAGCGGACCGGCGAUGAGUAUAAAACGGUCUUUCUCAAUCACUACAAGCACCUAAUGAGCAGGAGACUUGGCCUCCAGACUCAAAAGGAGUCGGACUUCCAGGAACUCUUCUCUGAACUCCUCGACACACUAGAAGCGUUAGAGCUCGAUUUCAACCAUUUCUUCAGGCGCCUUUCAAGCGUGCCUCUCGCUGGACUCGAAACAGAAGCAGGCAGAAAGGAAGUGGCGCCCCGGUUCUUCCAUGCUGAAGGCCACGGUGGCAUAGGCUACUCCGAAGAUUCGGCGCGGGAGCGCAUUGCCAAGUGGCUCGACAAGUGGCGCCAGCGUAUCCUCGAGGAUUGGGGAUCUGAUGCCUAUGCCGACGUCAAACGUCAGAGAUCUAUGAGAGACGUUAACCCGAACUUCAUUCCACGGGGCUGGAUCCUUGAUGAAGUGAUUGAGCGUGUUGAACGCCGUGGGGAUCGGGAGAUUCUUGGAAGGGUGAUGAAUAUGGCGCUCAAUCCGUUUAAUGAGGAAUGGGGCUUGAACAAGGAUGAGGAAGAGCGGUUCUGCGGAGACGUUCCGAAGUUCCAGAGGGCUAUGAUGUGUAGCUGCAGCUCAUAG